CAUGAUAAAGAAGAAGAAAAAAAAGCAGAAGGACGCGUCACAUGACUGUUCGAGCACUUCGCCUGUCUGUUGACACUGUCAGCUCAUCAUUUUUGCUGAACCCUUUAAAGAAAUCUGCUAAAUGGCUAGUUGUUUUCCGAGUUUGUCCGAGCUUGUUUUGGAGGCCCGGCGACUGUACGGACAGAUGUUCGGUGAGGAGCCUGCUCGAGUGGCGGUUUGCGCGCCUGGAAGAGUGAACCUAAUAGGAGAGCACACCGACUACAACCAGGGACUCGUGCUUCCAAUGGCGCUUCCUCUAGUGACUGUGGUGGUGGGUAGUGAAAUAUCCGGCCAGGAUGUUACCGUGGUAACCGCAGCCUUCGACGCUGACGAGCCUCACCGAUUGGACUUCUGCCUGUCUAGUGAUGGAUCUGCACUGUCUCCAGGGUUACCCCGCUGGGCCAACUAUGUAAAGGGUGUUAUACACCAUUACAGGGCUUCUCCAGUCCCAGGUUUCAGGGCAGUGAUAGCCACCAGUGUCCCCCUGGGUGGAGGACUGUCCAGCUCUGCCUCUCUAGAGGUGGCCUUUUACACCUUCCUGCAGCAACUCAAGCCAGAUGAUGGAAACCAGGUGUCCAAAGCAUUAGCCUGUCAGCAGGCUGAACACACUCAUGCUGAUGUACCCUGUGGCAUUAUGGAUCAGUUUGUAUCUGUUCUUGGCAAGGAGGGACAUGCAUUGCUCAUUGACUGCAGAUCGCUGGAGGCCACCCCUGUUCCUCUGACAGAUCCAGGCCUGGUCAUUCUCAUCACCAACUCCAAUGUAAGGCACUCUCUGAGCUGCAGUGAGUAUCCCAUAAGACGCAGGCAAUGUGAGACGGCUGCCUCCAUUCUGGGGAAAGACAGUCUGAGGGAUGCUACGAUGAAGGACCUAGAGGAGGCCAGGGGAAGGAUGGAUGAUGUUACCUACAGAAGAGCUCGCCAUGUAAUUGAGGAGAUCCAAAGAACUGUCCAAGCUGCUAAGUCUCUAGAAAGAGGAGAAUACAAGGAGUGUGGCAAACUUAUGGUUGAGAGCCACAACAGUCUGAGAGAUCUGUAUGAGGUGAGCUGCAAGGAGCUAGAUGAGCUAGUGUCUGCAGCCAUGGAAGUGGAGGGCGUCUUUGGCAGCCGGAUGACAGGGGGAGGAUUUGGUGGAUGCACUGUGACUUUGCUACUUGCUGAGGCCAUUGGCAGGACCAUACACCACAUACAGGAGAAAUACAGUGGGACUGCGACUUUCUAUGUCACAACUCCUGCACAGGGCGCGCAAGUUCUCACUUUGUCCUGACGUUUGUCAACAUCUCUGCAUUCCUUCCGAGAUUAUUUCUUCUUUAUAGGCUAAUUAUUUGAUUUUCUUCCUUUAAUUUUAUUAAAGUGGUGUAUUGCAAUACACACUAAUGUUGAUUCAAAAGGGUUGAGUAAGUGCCUUUAUUGUUGAAACAUGUUUAUAAGAAAACUUUGCUUAAGAUAACUUGUAGCAACUGCUUAAUAUUUUUGAUAUGGAAAUCCAGCUGAGUUUAUUUACGAUUUAUAAUUUUAUAUUGAUCCCACAUCUCUAUUAAUAAACCAUGUUUUUAAAAUGUGAAUGUUUUCAUAACUUUUUUGUUUUAACUUGUUUUUUGUUUUUUUGUUUUCAUUUUAAUUCUAUAUUGAAAUUAGUCAGCUAAUAUUAGCACACAGAUGAAUUUCACUUAAAUGUGAAGGUCAGUUUCAGUAAACUUUUCUUUUGUGGGGUUAAUAUAUGACCACUGACUGCUGAAUUUAAUUUAGACAAACAGGAAAAUUGCAGUAAACAUGUCCACCAUCUCAUGCAUUACUGACUACCCAAAGAUAGACUGUAGCCUUUGAGCCUGAGCAGUGCUAAUUUGAUGAUAAUUUGAGAACAGGAGUUCCACAGGGGAUUAUGCUGUCUCCAUUCCUGUUCACCUUGUACAGCUCAGACUUUCAGUACAACUCUGGGUUUGGUCACCCACAGAAAUACUCACGAGUCUGUAAUGUGUUAAUGAUGGGCAGAAAGGGUAUAGAGCUUUAUUGAAUGAUUUUGUAGAGUGGCAGGAAUCAUUUACUUCUGAAUGUGAAUAAGACCAGAGGAAUGGGUAUCAACAUCAGAAGGAAAAAGGCAGCUACAUGACCGGUGUCAAUCCUGUGACAAAGUGGUCAUUUGUGGGUUGAGCAGCAGAGUUGCGAAUGUGGAGUGGGCACAUGAAAAACGUCUUCCCUGCCAGUAGCAAACAGCUUUUUUCUCUUUUAUUAUAUUGAAGAAUAGAAGUCUGAAGAAACAAGACAUAUUUGCAAUUUAUUCAUCUAACAAACAGGGGCCUCUGUAGAAUGUGGAAGAGUCAUACACACCGUGUGCCCUCAUUCUCAUGCUGGUCACACUGCUGUGGGGUGGUAUCCCAUUCUUCAACCAGCAUUUGUUGCAAGUCAGCCAAUGUAGUGUUCCCACACCAUCACACUACCUCCACCAAAAGUUACCCUAUCAGUGCAGCCAUCAUCAGAGUGUUUUCUGUGUCUUCCCCACCGUUUGAUCUCAUGAUCCAUGCCAUGAACCCCAUCAAGAUCAGUGAAACUGUUGCAGGGUUCAUGCUCACAGGUGCUGCUAAUCAUACACCUGACCAACCUUGGGUACCAGAAGCUCAAACACAAGAGUCAGUAGCAGAUUAGCUGUUUGGCACUGGCAGGAGUUUUUCAUGGAUGCAAUACACAUGCAUUUUCCUUACAAAUGUGGCACCAUUUAAGGGGAAAUAAAUAGGCAUUGUUAAAAGAAAUAAAUAAUUGACCAAACACAAA